AUGGCAUUAUAUGGACCUCUGAAAAAUGCGAUUGACUGGGCAUCUCGGCCCCCAAAUGUUUGGGCUGAUAAAACUGCUGCAAUUGUGAGCGCUGGAGGAGGUUUUGGUGGAGGCCGAUCUCAGUAUCACCUCCGUCAGGUAGGCGUUUACAUUGAUCUUCACUUCGUCAACAAACCCGAGUUCUUCCUCAAUGCGUUUGAGUCUCCUGCUAAAUUCGAUAGCGAUGGCAACUUGCAUGACGAAUUAACCAAGGAAAAGCUGAAGGCGCUUCUCUUAUCCUUACACGGGUUCACGCUCCGUCUCAAAAGUAAGUCCGCAUAG